AUAUCAGCGCCACUGUUUCAUGUGUAGAUCGAGCCCCGUAGAGAACUGCGCUCUUCUGACUGCGCUUCACCGGACUAGACAUAAACAAAUCAUUAAAAAGCUAAAGGUUUUGUUUCCCCCAGCUGCACGCGCGCUGUCAGGGUUCUCGUGUUUACUGUGGCUGACGGAGAGGAUAGAUCGCUCAUCUGGGAAGACGUCGAAAAGUAACUAAGGUUCACUCGGCCACAGGUAGCUCUUUCUGGGCUCUGAAUAUCAAAGUACAGGUCAUGCGGGUGUCUCCGGACGGCCAGAGAACUGUGAUCCAGUGCCGCUGUUACUGCUAGUCGCCUCGGAGGACGGAUCGCUUUUUGCCGCAACUAACGUUAAAGCAGGACCGACGGAAUAAAAUAAAGCAUGUCCCGAAGAAAGCAGAGCAAACCCCGGCAGAUCAAACGCUCUAUUGGGGAUCUUAAUGGAGGUGAGGAUCCAUCUGAUGAUGUCAGCAUGUCGGGAGAAGAGGGCGGAGCUUCAGAUCAGGAAGACUCUGCCGAAUGUGACGGUUCAAGUCCACAUUCGUUUACACCGCUUUAUAAUGAAGAGCCAAGAACGCACGAGUCUCUGGCAGUGGCAGACGAGGGCGAUGAAGAUGAGAAAGGACUGAAGCGCUGCACAGAAGAUGAAGAGGAGGAAGAGGUGGACAGGGAAGGGGAACCCCAGUGGAACGGCCCAGAUGAUCUUGUGCUAAGCGGCAGCUCUGAUGACUUCAAGGUCUUGGCCCUCAGGGACCUGUCAGGUGACACCGUGUGGGGUCCAUUUUCUGGCAGCAUCCAAUCAGGAGAGCCGACAGAUGGACCUGCCAGUGAGAGUUCUGCAGUGUCUCUGGUGUGUGAGGAGCCGGACUGCUGGCUCAGAAGAAUCCCUGUGACCUCAAACCCCACAGACUCAAACUGCACCAUCUACAGUCAGGGAGGAGUGUUGUUCUGUAAGCUGACACGGGAGCUGUCCGGUGGAGAUGCUCUUCUGGCUUCGCUGUCCAGCUCCAACGGUGAUCAUUCAGCAGGGACUCAGACCCAUGGCGUGCGGGUGAAGGAGGAGCCUGCAUACCCUGCCGCUCUGCACUCGGAGAUCCAGCUCCUCCCACAACAGGCUGGCAUGGCUGCCAUCUUAGCCACUGCUGUCGUUAAUAAAGACAUCUUUCCUUGUAAAGACUGUGGGAUCUGGUACAGAAGUGAGAGAAAUCUCCAGGCUCAUCUCAUGUACUACUGCGCUAGCAGACAGAAGCAGCAGACCGCAGCUUCUCCUCCACAGGACAAGCCGAAAGAUUCAUACCCCAACGAGAGGCUGUGUCCCUUCCCACAGUGCAACAAAAGCUGUCCCAGUGCCAGCUCUCUGGAGAUCCACAUGAGAACACACAGCGGAGAGCGUCCAUUUGUUUGUUUGAUUUGCCUGUCAGCUUUCACCACUAAGGCAAAUUGUGAGCGGCACUUGAAGGUUCACACAGACUCGCUGAAUGGUGUGUGUCACGGCUGUGGCUUCAUUUCCACAACACGAGACAUCCUGUACAGCCACCUGGUCACCAGUCACAUGGUUUGCCAGCCUGGCUCUAACAGUGAGGUGUACUCGCCUAAACUGCCGGUGGCUGCAGGCUUGAGUCCAGGAGACUCUGGCAUUGUUCUGAAAUGUCAGGUGUGCGGCUAUUCUGCUGACACUCCUGCAUUACUUCAGCAGCAUGUCCACACACACCUGGAAGUGAGGGUUCCAGCUGAGAGGAGCCCCACACCUCGCCAGAGCAGUCCUCCUUCUUCUGAGCUCCCUGAGCUGCAAGAAACGGAGCCUGCUGCCUGCGUGCCCCGACCUGACUCGUCCAGCCCUGGAGCCAAUGGCAGCUCAGCCUCUCAGGGCUACAGUCCCCUCAGCCAACUCAACAUCAAAGAGGAGCCACGUUCAGACUAUGAAAACGAUGCAAAGGAAGAAGAACAAGUGAACAGUCCUCAAGAAAAUGCUGCAGAGGCAAGCUCAUCUCAGCCUACUUCACCUAAGAGCCCCACCGUGGUUGCAGUGAAAGCAGAGCCGGCCAGUCCCACCCCAGGUUCUAGUCCUGCACAUUCUGGAACAGGGGGUUCAGUUCUCCCUGGAGGAGCAGUGUUCUUGCCGCAGUACAUGUUUAAUUCUGAGGCGGCCAUAAUGCCCCAGGCAUCUGAGAUUCUGGCUAAGAUGUCUGAGAUGGUGCACAGUAGACUUAAACAGGGACAAGGACCAGCAGCUGCACAGCAGAGCUUCUACCCACCAGGCUCUCCUGCCAGCGUUCACAAGGGAGCUACCUGCUUCGAAUGUGACAUUACCUUCAACAACAUUAACAACUUCUAUGUCCACAAGAGGCUUUACUGCUCCAGCAGGCAUCAACAAGGAGAGACUGGAGGCCUUGUGAAGGAAGGGGCUGUUACUGCAGCUGCUCCUCCUGCUUCCCACGCUGCUUCACCCCAGGCCAGACCAGUCAGCCGUGCAGCUUCAGCCUCUCCUAGCUGCCCUGACCCUGCACCAGGAGGAACGGCCUCGGAACCCAAGGUAGUGGAGGUGAAAAUUGAGGAUCCAGGGCUGAAAGAUGCUACCUGCUCAUCGUCCUCAGAGGGAGAGGGACCUGGGGGCGGGCAAGCCAGCGAAGGUAGCCAAAGUCCUAGUGGAUCUGCUGAAGACCAAGAUGACGACCCCACUCGCACAUUUUGCCAGGCAUGCAACAUUCGCUUCAGCCGUCAUGACAACUACAUUGUCCACAAGCGAUUCUACUGCGCCUCUAGACAUGAUCCCACCAACCAGCGCCCCCAUUCUGGCAAGGCUGCCUUCCUACCCCAACCUAUCCGCACACGCAAACGUAAGAAGAUGUAUGAGAUCCACAUGGCUCAAACUGAGGCUUUGGCUAAUGCCACUACUUUGCCAGCAGGAACUAGUUUGGGGGUUAACCAAGAGGGCUCUUCCGUUGCUCUAUUGUCCCAAGUGUCAACUCCUACACGCAGCUCAAGUCCUGAAGGAGAAGGACCCAUAGACUUGAGUAAAAGACCCAGACUAAGAGAGAGCCAGAGAAAGGACAGCAUUUCUGCAUUGCCCCUUUCUGACUACCACAAGUGCACUGCUUGCAGCAUUAGCUUCAACAGCAUUGAGAACUACUUGGCCCACAAGACCUACUACUGCCCAGCCACUACCCUGCAACCACAAACUAUGGAGCAACUAAACCGACUGAAGAGGCCUACCUCCACCUCACCGAAGAACAGAGCCGUGGACCAGCACUCUGAUUCCAAAGUGCUUCAAACAGGUAAAACCGCAGCUGUUGCACAUGCUGUACCUAGCUCAGAGUCCACCCCUCCACAUGUGCAGGGAGCAAAGACCCCCAGCACCUCUCCAGUAGUGUGUCCCUACUGCCCCCCCAACAAACUGCUAACCUGUGAUCUGAUGGAGCAUUUUAAAACGACUCAUGGUCUGGUUCUUACACUACAGCAGCAUCCUGAGACACAGUCCACUGGAGUCAGUCCCAGUCCCAGCCUUAGCCCACGAGAAGGAGCCCCUCUCACCCCUCCUAAACCAAGCUCCCGCCCCCGUAAGGACAGCCUGAAUGGUCGAAGCAUCAAGCUGGAAGCAAUCUCUCCUUCCCCACCUGUUCUUAAUGGAAGUUCACUAGAAUCUGUGGGAUCUAGGUCUCCAAAAACUGCCCCGCCAGCUCUUUCCCCUAAAGGAGUAACUGUGUCACCUGUGCCUGAAGCUUUAAGAGAGACGGGGCAGCUCAGCCACACCCCAUUGCCCAGUGUCCUCCCUGAAAAGGCAGCCCUUGCUAUUAGCCACACCAUUACAGCUCCACCUAAAACACCACUCGCCUCUCCUUUACAAAAUGGGAACACACGCUAUUGCCGGCUGUGCAACAUCAAAUUCAGCAGCCUCUCCACUUUCAUUGCACACAAAAAAUACUACUGUUCCUCUCACAGUGCCGAACAUGUCAAGUGAACCCUCUGCUCAGUCAAUUCUGCCAUUCCUCUCAUGCAUAGAAGUGCCAAUCACGGCACUGCCCGACCUGAUCUGGACAGAGCAUGAUAGUGGGACUGUUACUAGCCAGAUACUGAGGUCUUCAUGCCGACCAUGCUAUCUGGUGUUGUUACGAUGGUAACUUAUUACACGUUAUGGGUCAAGUUUGUAUUACACUAAGAGAUGAGACUACCUGCACACAUAUUGUGCCCCGCUGACCUAUUCCCACAGUUUAG